CCGCAUUGUUGGUAGGGAGAACAAAUAUGGCUGAACUCUGGCAGAAAGGAAAAUGCACAGUUUCCCAAUAAGUGCUUUUGCAAUUCCUCCGAAAUGGCAAGAUUGGCGGAUUAUUUCAUCAUUGUCGGGUUUGAUAACGGGAAGGCAGGAUCGGGAGAAGGCUCAGGAAAGAUCAUUCAGAGAUUUCCAUGUAAAGACUGGACAGAUGCUUCUUUCCCACAAGGAAUAGAGUUGUUUUGCCAGCCUGGGGGAUGGCAGCUGUCCAGAGAACGAAAGCCGCCAACAUUUUUUGUGGUGAUUCUGACAGACAGCGACUCUGAACGCCAUUACUGUGCAUGCCUGACUUUCUAUGAAGCAGAGAUCAACCUUCAGGGGGCAAAACAUGAAGAAACUGAAGGUGAAGGGGAAGAGACGGGACUAAUCCAACCUGCUCAAGCCUUUGCACCUAAAAGUCUUGUACUAGUUUCUAGACUAGAUUAUCCAGAAAUAUUCAGGGCUUGCCUUGGGUUAAUUUACACAGUGCAUGUUGAUAAUCUCAACAUCUCAUUGGAACUGCUUAUUGCAAAUCUCUUCAGAUGCAUAGUGCCGUUAGCAGGAGGGUCUCAGAAGAUUUUUAGCUUGAUCACAGCUGGGGGGGGGGGGGACAGAAAACUCAUUAGCACCCCAUUGGGUGAUGCACUUCCAACAACUGGAAUACAGAUGAGGAACCUGUUCCAGAGUCUGGGAAUCCAAAAUAUUCUCAGGCUAUUCUGUGCAGUGCUUACAGAGCAGAAGAUUGUCUUCCAUUCAACAAGCUACCAAAGAUUAAGUGAUGCAUGCAGAGCUCUCGAGGCACUGAUGUUUCCCCUGAAAUACAGUUAUCCUUACAUCCCUGUUCUACCUGGGCAGUUAUUAGAAGUUCUGAGUUCUCCAACUCCAUUUAUUAUUGGAGUGCAUUCAUCAUUUCACAAUGAAAUUCAGGAGCUGCUGGAUGUGAUCACUGCAGACCUCGAUGGAGGAACUAUUAAGAUUCCUGAAUGCAUUCAUCUCUGCGACCUUCCAGAGCCUUUACUACAGCAGACUCAAGCAGCACUUUCACUUAUUUUGCAUCCAGAUCUUGAAGUAGCAGAUUAUGCCUUCCCUCCUCUUCCUUUGCCACCCUGCAAUAUGAAAAUACUUGAUAAGGAACUGCGAGCUGUCUUCUUAAGGUUGUUUGCGCGGCUUUUCCAGGGCUACAGGUCAUGUUUGCAGCUUAUACGAAUACACGCUGAGCCUGUGAUACGCUUUCAUAAGGCAGCCUUCCUAGGACAACGUGGUUUAAUUGAAAAUGAUUUCCUCACGAAGGUUUUGGAUGGAAUGGCAUUUGUUGGGUUUGUGUCUGAAAGAGGACCACCAUAUAGGACCUGUGAUCUCUUUGAUGAGCUGGUAGCAUAUGAAACAGAGAGGAUAGAGCGAGAUGAAGGAAAUGUUCAAAAAAUGCUAAAGCACAUCCGGGAACUUGGGGAGCAACUCUUAAAGAAUGAAAACCCAAAUCCUCACAUGUCAUUUCAGAAAGUGCCACGGCCAACUGAAGGAUCACAUUUAAGGGUACAUGUCCUUCCUUUUCCUCGAGUUAAUGAGGACAAAGUUCAGACCCUUAUCCAAGAAGGCAACUCAAAGCACCAAAGUGUAAUGCCUACUACUAUUGUUGAAAAGAAGUGUGUUGUGCCAGCUGGCCCAUCUGUUGCUUCAUUAACAGAUAAAGCAGGGUCAGUAUUUAACAGUGCUCGAAGACUGGAAGUCGUCAAAAACUGCAUUGCUUAUAUAUUUGAAAAUAAACUUCUGGAGACUGAAAAGAUGCUUCAAGCUGCACUUCGAGCUCUGAAAGGAAAGGCAGCCCGACAGUGUCUGACAGAUGAGCUCAGUUUACGGGUCCAAGAAAAUCGGACAAUAUUGGAUCACCAGCAGUUUGACUACAUUAUAAGAAUGAUGAACUGUGCAUUGCAGAAUUGUUCAGGUUCUGAGGAAUAUGGUGUUGCAGCUGCCUUACUUCCUUUGACAACAGCAUUUUGUAGGAAAUUGUCUCCUGGAGUCAGCCAGUUUGCUUACACUUGUGUGCAGGACCAUCCUAUUUGGGCAACCCAGCAGUUUUGGGAAGUUACUUUCUACAAUGAUGCACAGAGUCAAAUCCGAUCUCUCUACCUCACAGACAAAGGAGAUAGAACUGGAAUUAACCUGGAUAAAAGGAUUAAAGGAGUUGCUCCUCCUGACAAUGGAAGAACUGCCAUGGAUUUGGCUGCUGAGGAAAUGCGCAUGUGGCCUUCACUUGGCAAAGAAAAACAGCAGGAACUUUUGCAGAGUGAAGAAAGUACUGUGUAUAGCCUGGCUAUUCAUUAUGCCAGUCUCAUGGUGUACCUACUGGUGCCUUUAGACACCAGUCAAAAUAAACUACUACGACCCUCCGCAACGGGAGACUGGGAAAGUGGAACCAACAGCAUCAUCACAACCAGUAUGGCAGGUAGUGUUGCAGAAAGUUAUGAUACAGAAAGUGGGUUUGAGGAUGCAGAGGUUAUGGAUGCUGCACAUUACGUUGUACGGUUUAUCACCAGGUUUAUAGAUAAGGUCUGUACAGAAAGUGGAGUUACACAGGACCACAUAAAAAGUCUUCACUGCAUGAUACCAGGUAAUGUAGCAAUGCAUAUUGAAACUCUGGAGGUAGUGUAUCGAGAAAGUAAAAGGCUUCCGCCAAUAAUGAAGCCCAAAAUUUUACAACCUGCUUUGCUGCCUGGUGAAAAAAUCGAGUUUGAAGGCCUGCGUGUGUUUUUGUACCCUGAUGGCAGAGAGGAAGCAACAGGAGGAAUUCUUGGAGGACCUAACAUUCUGCCUGCAGAGGGAGCACUGUUUCUUACUACAUACAGAAUUAUUUUUAAAGGCACUCCUCAUGAUCAUAUUGUUGGUGAACAAACAGUUAUUCGGAGCUUUCCUAUUACAUCUGUUAUCAAAGAGAAAAAAAUACACAUUCAGAACCAUCUGCAGCAGGGUACGCAAGAGGGCCUUCAGUUUCAGUCCUCUACCUUUCAGUUAAUCAGUGUAACGUUUGAUGAGGAAGUGUGUGUUGAAUUUGUCGAUAUGUUUAAAAAGCACUUCCUGAAACUCCGAUACCCUCACUCCAUCUUCAGCACAUUUGCUUUUGCCAUUGGCCAGACUAUGCCACAAAUUGCUCUUCCAAAACAGAAGGAAAAGAAUACAUCUUUCCGUACUUUCUCAAAAACCAUUGCCAAAGGAGCUAAAAUGGCUGGAAAAAUCACAAUGGGCCGUCAGUCUUCAGGAAAGAAGAAAACAUCUGAUGACAGAGGAAGUCGCUUAGGGUUCACUGAAGAUGAUGAUGUCUCUGAUGACAGUGAGCUUCCACCAAGUAGUACAUUAAAGGCUUCCGAAAAGUCUACAAUGGAACAGUUACUAGAAAGAGCAUGCUUUAGAGAUUACCAACGUUUGGGAGUUGGUACCAUUAGUAGCAGUUCCUCUCGUUCAAAAACUGAGCACUUUAAAAUAACGGCUGUAAACAGAAUGUACUCUAUUUGUAGAAGCUAUCCUGGGCUCUUGGUCAUUCCUCAGUGCAUUCAGGACAGCAGUUUGGAGAAAGUUGCUCGCUGUUUCCGUCAGAACAGACUGCCAGUUGUGUGCUGGAAACACUUCAGGAACAAAGCUGUACUGGUUCGGGCUGGAGGCUUUCAUGGAAGAGGAGUUGCUUCUCUUUUCAAGUCCUCAAAUCCACCUGGUGCUGUUCCUGUUUCUUCAGAGUUCUUAAGCAGCCUGGAGCAAGAAAAAUACCUUCAAGCCCUUGUGAGCGCAAUCACUGCUUCCUAUAAAAUGAAUGCUAACAGUAUCCGUACUGUCAGACUAAAUGCUGCUAUUUCCCCAGGUGUCCUAGCCACCUUGCGUUGUAGUAAUAGGAAUAAUGGCCGAGUUCCUGCUGCUGAUAUCGGCGCACGGCUAGCUGGAAAGGAUGCUCCUCCUCCUGUCAGCAAUGUCGCUCCUACAUAUAACCCAGCCAGAAGUCGUCAGUUUGCACUUUACAUUUUUGGAGAGAGAUCACAAAUAAGGGGUUUCAAGCUUGAACUUGGUUUAAACUGUGAAUUUGUCCCUGUUGAAGUAACUGAUAUACGCCAAGUGAAAGCCAGCUUUAAGAAGUUAAUGAGGGCAUGUGUGCCAAGUACUGUCCCCGCAGAUUCGGAAACAACAUUCCUCAAGACACUAGCAGACUCAGAGUGGCUGUUCCAGCUUCAGAAGCUACUGCUGUUCUCCACAUCAGUAUCAGAAGUGCUAGAAAGUGGUUGUUCUGUGUUGCUGUGUCUUGAAGAUGGCUGGGAUAUUACAACACAGGUGGUGUCUCUAGCGCAGUUACUUUGUGAUCCAUUCUACAGGACUCUAGAAGGCUUCCAAAUGCUGAUUGAAAAAGAAUGGCUUUCAUUUGGUCACAAAUUCAGUCAGCGGAGUAAUCUGGCUUCAAACAGUCAAGGAAGUGAUUUUACUCCAAUUUUUUUGCAGUUCCUGGACUGUGUGCAUCAGAUUCAUAAACAGUAUCCAAUGGCAUUUGAGUUUAAUCAGUACUACCUGAAGUUUCUGGCUUAUCACUCUGUGUCAAGUCGAUUUAAAACAUUUUUGCUUGAUUCAGAUUAUGAACGCCUAGAGCAUGGAACCCUUUUUGAAGAUAAAGGAGACAAAAUGGCCAAAAAAGGUCUCUGCAUUUGGGAAACUAUUGAAAGAAUCCAUAGGAAAAGUCCAGUGUUCUUCAACUACCUCUAUGUACAGUCAGAAUGGAAGCGAAUGCUGAGGCCCUCAAUAACAAUGCCAAAUCUAACUAAGUGGGACUACUAUACAGAAGAAACAUUGUCGUCUGGCCCUUCAUAUGACUGGGUAAUUGCAAAUGUGAAACCAGAGACCUCAGAAGACACUGAUCACAUCAAUGGAGCUGCCCCACAGAGCAAGAGGAAAACAGUGUGGCCUUGUUAUGAUGAUGUGAGCAGCGUACAGCCUGAUGGGAUCACAACACUAUUAUCAGAAAUUGAAAAACUGGAAAACAAAUUAACUCAAAGUCCAGAGCGGUGGCAUUCGGUGUGGAGCAGGACAAGGAGUGCCAGUAGGGAUGAUUCGGGACUCGACAGCACCUUAAAGAAGCAGUCUCCUGAUACCGCUGGGCCAAUCCCAAAUGACUUCCAGUUGUGUCAAAGGCGAGGAUUGUUGCAUCUCCCAGACAGUGGUCUCGGAGAAGAUCACAGUACACCAUCCUCAGCAAAUGGUGUUGGACAGACAUCCUCAUUUUACACUCAGUUUGCAUCCAAGACAGAUGAGAACAGGUCCUUUGAAGGAAUACUUUAUAAAAGGGGUGCUUUACUUAAAGGAUGGAAACCUCGCUGGUUUGUCUUGGAUGUGACAAAACACCAGCUUAGGUACUAUGACUCAAAAGAGGACACUAACUGUAGAGGUUACAUUGACCUAGCUGAUGUGGAAAUGGUUACCCCAUCAACACCAACAAUAGGAGCUCCAAAAACUGCAAAUGAGAGGGCCUUCUUUGAUGUUAAAACCACCAAACGCAUGUAUAACUUUUGUGCCUGCGAUGCACAAAUUGCACAUCUCUGGAUAGACAAGAUUCAGAGCUGCAUUUCAGAUGCGUAACCAAAACUGCCUGAAGGACAUUCUGUGGUUAUCAGAACAGAGCAGUCAGAAUUCCCCUGAUAUGACAGAAUGAAAAAAAUAAAAGUAAAGGAGCAUUUCUGGAAAAAAUGGAUCAGUAUUUUCACAAUGGACCAUUUAAGCCUAAUCCAAUUCAACAACAUUGCAAAACAUUUGCACUGACGGACUACACUAAAAGAUGCAAACUUUAAACCUUUAAUUCUUUAUGGCUAAAAUGCACUAAAUAUUAUAAAUAUAUUUUUGUUCUUUAAACGUUUCUAAAAAAAAUUAAAUUCAGCUGCAGAAUUUUGCAUCAGAAUAUAACGUCUAUGAAUCCUUCACUAAUUUGUAAAUUAAUUGCACUCAAUUUGUAAAUUACCUGAAGUAUAUAGCAGUCAAAGCCUACUAAACAUGCAUGUAGUUUUUUGUGGUUCAGCCUGUGAAAUGAAUUUCUUAAAGGAAUCUGCAAAUUAUGGAGCAGUGCCAGAUAUGUAGCAGGAUUUACACUUUAAAUGUGUGUAUAUAAAUACCACUGUUUCCAAUGUGUGGUGCAUUGAAAUGCUUCUGUGUAGUAAAAUUGUAAAAAAAAAAAAAAAAAGUUUUUUUACUUUUUUUAUAUUGUUGACAAAAAUAUGUUUUAAAGGAAUGUUGGUUUGUAGCUAAGAUUAAUAUGUUUUUAUUUGCUAUGGUAUUUACUGUUAUACACAUUGCUCAAAAUGUGUUUAUUACUUUGAAAUGUUAAUAUGUUUAAUAUUAAAUGUAUGUUUUACAAACCUGUAAAUAAGACAUCAGCAAUUUUCAGUUCUUUUUUUAAAAGAAACGGCUGAUAGUUUUAUAUGAACUUUACUAAGACAAAUGGAUGACUGCUUUGCUCUUGUUAGAGCAUGGUCUCUGUAACAGUUUCUGUAAUAAAAUUAUUUUAAUGUCUUA